GCACACACAUACGACAAGAAGAGCAAAAAAAACAACAUUAGUUCGCAGCGAUCCCGUGUAUGUUGUUCGACGGUGUUUGCAGGAAUCGGGUGCGAUUGUUUUGCUAUCUGGCUGCAUAGUUAGCAACUCUCCCUUCUUCCCCACGUCUAAUAGAUCCGGUCCCCGCCCAGUAGUUAGUGCAAAGUUCAGUACCAACAGCCUCACAGCCAACUGCAAGUUCCGUGUGUUUGUGUGCAACAGCAGCAGCAGCAGCAGGCUACCCCGUGAGAAAGUGCAACGUUGCGCCUCGUUCCACAAAUCAAGUGAGCUAGGGCGAACUCUACGACGGAGUUGCGGACUGUAGGACGGAUCUUUCCUAUUGCCAUCGUCCUAAAACGUUGGUGCCGUAAAGGCGAGUUUCACGGUUUCAUCUAUCCCGGAGCAAAGACAGCUCCAUCGGUGUAGCGUAGCAGCGUCAAAAGCAUCCCCUCCACUUACCAACAAACCAAGUGUCCUCAAUUUUUCAGCACCCCAAGCACUUGCCCCGAUACGUCAACAGACGACGGUGGACAGCGGUCUGUGAUUUUGCAGACCGCAGAUAUUGAGCUGUGUACACUACGUAAUCGAAAAAGGUGCGGCCGUCGCAGCCUCCUUCGCAGCUAACACAGCUGUCCACCGUGCCAAGCGAGGGGGAGUUCGGUUAACAGCGCGUCACACAGCAACCAUCGCCCGAGCGAGCCUCCCAACGGCUGGAGAGCAACCGAAGGCAGUAGUGUGUACGUGAUUCGGAAAAUUGCAGCAAACAGACACAGGCCCCUCCAGACCAAGCGUACAAGAUCCAAAGGGGGAAACAUUUGGGCUGAACCAUUUUGGCCGUGUCUGUGAUCAAUCCAACGUAGUAGCGGGUUACACUGAACAAUUUCGCGUGCGAUUGAUUAUUUUACCUUGCGUGCAGCGGCAGCAGCAGCAGCAGUGCGCGUGCUGUUUGUGUGAUUGAGUUGUUGGAAGCGGAAAACGCAGUUAGAAGAGCUCGCUGCAGCAGCUGUAAACAAAGACAGCUUCCGGUAACGCACCGCCACAUCAUGUCGAACGCACAGGAGGAAGAGCAGCACCUGCGGGAAUGUGAAUCGUACAUCCAGACGCACUGCAUCCAGCGGUUGCUGAAGGACUGCAUCGUGCAGCUGUGCGUGUCCCGGCCCGAGAACCCGAUCGUCUUUCUGCGGCAGUACUUCCAGAAGCUGGAGCGGGAGCAGGCAAAGCUGGAUGCCAGCAAGCAGGCGGUCACGCCGGACGAUCUGGACGAUCUGAGCCCAAUGCCACAGACGGCGGUGCCGCCGGUACGGCGCCGGGGCGGCAUCUCGGCCGAGCCGGUAACCGAGGAGGACGCGACCAGCUACGUGAAGAAGGUCGUCCCGAAGGACUACAAAACGAUGGCGGCGCUGUCGAAGGCGAUCGCCAAGAACGUGCUGUUCUCGCACCUGGACGAGAACGAGCGGUCGGACAUCUUCGACGCAAUGUUUCCCUGCAACUUUCUGCCCGGCGAGCCGAUCAUACAGCAGGGCGACGAGGGUGACAACUUUUACGUCAUCGAUAUCGGCGAGGUUGAGGUCUUUGUAAAUAACGAGCAGGUAACGACGAUCAGCGAGGGUGGCAGCUUCGGCGAGCUCGCCCUGAUCUACGGUACGCCCCGUGCGGCCACCGUCCGUGCCAAAACUGAUGUGAAGCUGUGGGGCAUCGAUCGGGACUCGUACCGUCGCAUCCUGAUGGGUUCGACGAUCCGGAAGCGCAAGAUGUACGAGGAGUUCCUGUCGCGCGUCUCGAUUCUCGAGAGCCUGGACAAGUGGGAGCGGCUUACGGUGGCCGAUGCGCUUGAGCCGGUUAGCUUUGAGGACGGGGAAACGAUUGUGAAGCAGGGUGAACCGGGCAACGAUUUCUACAUCAUUGUGGAAGGAUGCGCCACCGUGAUGCAGAAACGUGGAGACAGCGAAGAGGCAGCGGAAGUCGGUCGCCUUGGCCCGUCGGACUACUUCGGCGAGAUUGCGCUGCUGCUUGAUCGACCCCGUGCCGCCACCGUGAUCGCCCGCGGACCGCUCAAGUGCGUCAAGCUGGACCGGGCCCGGUUCGAGCGUGUGCUCGGCCUGUGCGCCGACAUUCUGAAGCGUAACAUUACCCAGUAUAACAGCUUCGUGUCACUGUCCGUCUAAGCAGAACGGAGAUUGGGAGGCGGGCCUACGGCAACAGCAAACAUUUGAACCGAUCGAGUAGUAGUAGCCGAUCGCCACACCGAACAAGGCGAAGCUUAACGGUGCUGGUACCGGGCCCCGGGGGCGUGUUGAGUGGCUGAGGUGAUUCUAUUAGUGAUCUGCUUUUGUCUAUUGUGCAGGCUCUUGCCGCCCAUUACUUUCUCGGAGCGGAGUGUGCACACGUGCAGGGGUUAGAGAAGAAAUAGAAAGCAUACAGGUAGACAUUUAUUUUCUUUUUUCUUCUUCUCUCUUUCGUGAUCGAUUCAAUAUUGUGAGCAUUAGUUCGGGUUCUCCGCUUUCUUUUUCUUGUAUUGGACAGUGGAAAUUUGAACAAAGCUUCACACAGUUCUGUCAGCUCGGAAUCCCUAAAUCUGCACGCGCCACAGCCGUUCAAUGGUGUUGCACGUGCGUAUAUUUUACUUAAACGAAUGGUCUGGGAAGGAUAACUGCGUCGUUUCAUGGUACAUAUAAGCAUGUUACGAUAGAACAAACGCUGUAUUACAAAACCGGUGUGGCUGGAAGUUAAAAGAAAAGGAAGCAGAAGGUAGAACGAACGACCGAGGCCGACGAAUGAUUGUGCGAAGGUUGUAGAAAUAUUAGUUAGAAACCGGGUGCGCUUGCUGCGCGUGCUUGUGCAUAGUAUCGCGAUAGUUUGUCUGCGUUUAAUUUCACGCGUUAACAGCUGUCGUCUCUAUAAAUUAAUGCAAUGAAUUAGUUAAGUAUUUAUAACCGACUAUUUGUGUUAAGUUAGCAGCAAAAACAACAAAAAAACUUGAACUGGGGCAGCAGAAAAGUUAAGCAUGGCAGGAGGGAGGUAAGGUUCGCGGAUGUAGCAGAACAAAAAACAAGUGCAUCUUGUGUAGAGGAACAACUUUUAUUGGAAAACUCAAAAAAAGAGAAGAAGAAACACUAUUGGAGCUAUUGGAAAACAUGAGGCGCAAAGUGUGUGGUAAAAGUAUGUUGAAAAUAAUAGUAGAAAAAGGUCCAAAACAAAACAACUGUCCAAAGGAAGAAGCAAAGAAGGAGAAAAAAAAACAAUUGGAACAACUACGAUGGUAACCAGCUGUUUUGUAUCAACUUUUAAUUGGUCGAAAUUUGUAAUUGAAUGCGCAAUUUUGUAAGCAGAAGUGAAGAGAAGCUGCGGGCCCGGGAGGUAACGAAGGCUGGAGCGAAGUUAAGGAAGCUUGAAAGCAAACAUUUAAACCCUCAGCCCCAAGAGGGGAAAGAGCAGCAGUAGCAGCAGCACAAUUAAACAGUAUGAACCGCGUCCCCCGACUCCGGCAGAACUUAACCGUGGAAGGUGUACGGGAGGGCGCGGUUGCACUACAGGAACCAAGAUGUUAAACACACAGGUGGUACACUAACUUUCUCGACGUUUUUAGCUGUUUGGUGUCUCUUUGUAUAUGUUGAUGUGCUAAAAUGCACCCAGGCAAGGUUGGAGAGGUUGGCAGGGGUACGAUCGUGUUGCGUCCCGCAAACUAAUGCAACAAUACGUAGGCGACAGAUGGAGCACGAUCGUUUGUGAAUUUAAUUCCUGAACGUCUUUUGUAUGGAUCAAUCCUUUUUCUCUCAACGGUCGCGAUGAAGUGUGGCGUUUUCUAGGAACAAAUACUUCUUCUAGCAAAAGACGACCUCUACUACUACUAAUCUGGUAAUUUUCUUGGUGGAUUUAACACGUACACUUGCUGUAUCGUUGCAGAUCGUUUACAAAGCAAAGUGUAUCUAAUUUCUUUUCCCAACACUGAAACAAACUUUCAAUUUUCAUCUCCCCAUCGUUGGAGUAUUACUACACAACUCGCUCCCUUUCCUUUCCUACGGUGUGUAAUGUUGCCUUGUGAGAUGUUUCAAUGUGUACAGUAAUAGUGGACAGGUGGCUGAAAAAAAAACACGAAUAAAAGUGGAAAUAAUUACAGAAUUGGUGCUUUGCAAUGAGAAAGACGGACGGGAUUGAGAAGGCAAGUAGAGAAGUAUGUUGUAAUUAGCUGCUUUUGGUCACAUCAGUGUGUUGUUCUCUUGAA